UUGGGCCUUUUUUACACAUCCCAGCGUAUUUUCCUUUGUUGAUUUGCUGAGUAACACAAGAAGAAGAAUAAUCAGCUGUCUUGCAUUAGCCGCAGAUCGAAAAGUAAAGUUUCAACGUCAUACUUUGGCAUUCGUAAAAAUAUCUAAAGAAAAGUUUACAAUUUACAUUGGGGGUGUAAUAUAUCUUAAAACUACAAGCUGUAUGGAAAAAAGAGAGCAUUUAAACUGUUUUCCUUUGUGUGUCAUUCUCAUAAUUAAUUGAUUCGUUUGUUUUGGGUGUAAGAAUUAAACUGGGGGAAUUUCAUCAUUUCAAUCGUGGCUUCUGCUAAUAUGAGGCGAAAUAAUUACCCUUACCAACCCUUAACCCAGACAUCCACCGAUAACAGCAGAGUUGCUGUUUCGCAAGACGCUCUAGAGGAAGAAAAUGAACGGUCCGCUGAAGAGUUAAAACAAAAAAUUGGUGCCUUAAAAAGCCUAACCAUUGAUAUAGGCCAUGAAGUACGUUAUCAAGAUAAACUAUUACGUGGCAUAGACGACGACAUGGAUCGUACGCAUGGUUUUCUCAGUAAUACAAUGGGUCGCGUAGUGCGUUUGGGUAAAAACACAAGCAGCCGUCACAUGUGCUAUAUGCUUCUUUUUAUAGUAUUCGUUUUUCUGUUGUUAUAUGUAGUUAUCAAACUAAAAUGAAGUCGGACGUAUUCAUUCAAAUAAUUAUAUUUUAUUUUGUAAAGCUUAGGAAAAAUGAAGUUGAGCAAACGUAUUUUUUCACAACCUAUUUAUUACAUUCUUCUCCUUUUUCUUAAUAUUUGUUGGUAAUAUAUGUAUAUAAAAAAAUUUGGAUAAGAAUAGAAAGUGUUUUCUUAAGUUAUAACAUUACAGCAAGAAACAAUUCUACUAAGCUCCAUAAUAACGACGCUACCUUACACGGUACAAUGUUAUAUAUUUGUUUAAUUAUUUAGUUGCUCUGGUUAAUCGAAAUUUGUUCUCAACUACAUCCAAUAACAGGCCGGCGACGAUUGCUUCCUCAGCUAGCAUAAUCUAAAGCAUGAUCAUCAUUGAUUAAUUGAUAUUAAUUACUGGCUUCAAUUUUAUUUUCACCUAUAGCAAAUUCUGAAAGAUGUAAUGCAGUAUUUAUUUAAUAAGUUUGCUUUCUCAUUCCAGAGACUGAUCUUCUCUUGCAAUUUAGUAAAAACAUGUUUUUUUUGUUUGAACGCGCAUGCCUUACAUUGUUAUCAGCUUUUUCUUGUGCGAGAUUUUGCGUACUAUAAUUGGUGAGAUAUGGUCUUCAUACCCUUUUUAUUAAUUCUAUUUCCGAAUUUGUUGGGCUGCGUUCAUAACAUUAUCGGUAGUAUUCAGUCCUUUAAGUGGCGAUAGUAAAUUCUUAGUUAAUUUUGUUCUGAGAGUGAGUGAAAGUUGAAUGGACAACUUUUCGUUCCUCUAUGUUCCGGAGGUGGCUGAUAAAAGGCAAAAUUCGUUAAAGCUCCCGUUCUUGGCAAGAUGACGAUUAUUUGAGAGUUCUUCCUCUUCCGUUAAUGGACAAUUAAAAUGAAUAAAAGUGGAAAUUAUUGCUACCUGUAUACCGCAAAUCCACGUCCUCAUACUAGUUGACUCAUUUCAUUUGCAUAGGCGAGCACAGAUAAUACCCACUCGACUAUUUCGGUAUUCAUCCAAGAUCAAUUGUCGAUGUAAAUCGAAAUUUUCUACGGCUGUUUUAAUCAUUUCAUAUAAGUUUGCGGUAGGCAGAGCGCAAGCCGCAAUAUAUGUAAAAUAAUUACGGCAACUAUGAGUCUCCAAUGUUUUGGGUGGAUUUUCGUUAUAACGUGCGAUUGGACAGCAUUUGAUUAGUUUAUGGCGAAUCUGACUGCACCAGUGUUAAUAAAAUAAAUAAUAAAAUACAGAAUACAUCCUCACCUACAUUGGCAGUUGUAUCAAAUACCAUCACAUUAAGAUCAACAACGCAUAAUCGCAAUCGCCUAUGCCGCCAUAAAUGAUUGACAGAGCCGCUAAAAAAUGAUAAUAAUGGUCUCGAUGUUACACAAUGAAUACGAAAAAGUUUUAUAAAGUUUAUGAUGACAUCACUUAAAUUUCGUAGCCCAUCAGUGAGAUUACGCGGCACCGAUAGCAUUGAUGCUACAUUACGCAGGAGAAGUGCUACUGAUGUUACCAGUGGCUUAAUAUUAGGCAGCGAUGGUUUUCGAGUUUCGAGUUAUGCGGCAAUUAAUAGAAAGUUUUUAUCAUCUCUAAUCCGCAUUUGGCUGUUGCUGGGCUACCAUAUAAUACGCUAUCAACAUCGUCUUCAUUAUCAUCUUAUCAUCAUUUCACUCUAAUCCUAUUAUUCUUGUUACACAAUACACAUCUUACAGAAAUAGCAUUUGUGAAUCAAAAAAAAGAAUAAAUAAAUAAAGAAAAAAAAAAAAGGAAAAUAUAUUUUAACCACAAACUUUGGUGAGACAUAUAUAUAUAUCACUAUUCCUCUCAUUUAAAGACUAAAGAAGAGAUGUAACGUACCAUUCGGAAGGUAAAAGAAUUUAAUCCAUUAAUGUAGAAGAGUUAUAAGCCUGUAUAUUAUUAUAACUAUAUUUUCCCCUUUUUAACCUAAUGUAUCUUAUAUAAACAUAUAUGAGUGCUUACUACGGUAUCAUUGAAACAUAAGAUCUAAUUAAUUAUUAGGUAUUUUACUUGACAAAUGAUUAAAAAGCUAACCGUGCUAAGCGAACGCUUACCAAAAAAAAUCGAAAAAUCAACGCAAAUUUAUAAAAAAAUUGUUAAUGGGUUCUUUAAAGUGAUAUUUCACGUGAAAUUAUGGUUUUAACAUUUUCGAUAUGUCUUAUAUAAAAGGAAAGCAAAAGUAGUUGAUCUGGCAUACAGAAAGACCACAGAAGUAAAAGUUCAGCUGCCGUCUGCUUGUAUAUGCUGCGUUAAAAUCGAUGUGAAUGCACUAAACACUUGAGCGCAAAACUUGAAAGUAAAAAAAGGUGCCACAAAAAAAAAAA